AUGUUUCCACUUUCCACUGUAAUGGAGACACGUAGCAAAGCGAUAAUGAAGAAGGAAAGAGAAGAUGUGUUGUUGUUGCCUCUCAUUGAGCAGAAGAGCAGUGGAAUAAAGGAAGAAGUGAAGAAGCAGCUAUGGCUUGCUGGACCACUAAUAGGAGUGAGUCUUCUUCAGUUUUGUCUUCAAGUAAUCUCAGUCAUGUUCGUAGGACAUCUUGGCUCUCUUCCCCUCUCCGCUGCCGCUGUUGCCACCUCCUUCGCCUCCGUCACCGGCUUCACCUUCCUCAUGGGAACAGCAAGUGCGUUGGACACAGUUUGUGGCCAAUCAUACGGAGCAAAGAUGUAUGGAAUGUUAGGCAUACAAAUGCAAAGAGCAAUGUUUGUUCUCACACUCUACUCGAUUCCUCUCUCCAUCAUUUGGGCCAACACAGAGCACUUCCUCCUCUUCUUCGGCCAAGACAAAUCCAUUGCACACCUCUCUGGCUCCUACGCCAAGUUCAUGAUCCCUAGUAUCUUCGCCUACGGUCUUCUUCAAUGUCUCAACAGGUUCUUGCAGGCGCAGAACAAUGUGUUUCCUGUGGUUUUGUGUUCUGGAGUCACCACUUGUCUUCAUGUGAUCCUAUGUUGGCUCUUGGUGUUGAAAUCUGGAUUAGGGUUUAGAGGAGCUGCUGUGGCGAAUGCGAUUUCGUAUUGGCUUAAUGUCAUUCUCUUGUCGUGUUACGUUAAAUAUUCGCCUUCUUGCUCACUGACCUGGACUGGCUUCUCUAAGGAGGCUUUAAGCGAUAUCAUCCCUUUUAUGAAACUUGCUAUUCCUUCUGCACUUAUGGUCUGCCUAGAGAUGUGGUCCUUUGAAUUUUUGGUUCUCUCCUCUGGACUUCUUCCAAACCCGGUUUUAGAAACUUCUUCCCUAUCAAUCUGCCUUAACACAUCAGGAACAAUAUGGAUGAUCCCAUUUGGCCUCAGUGGUGCCGCAAGCACAAGGGUGUCAAAUGAGUUAGGAGCAGGGAAUCCAAAACUGGCUAAGCUUGCGGUUCGGGUGGUCAUGAGCAUCGCAAUCGUAGAGAGUAUACUAGUUGGUUCGGUAUUGAUACUGAUAAGAAAUAUAUGGGGAUUCGCAUACAGUAGUGACCCUGAAGUAGUCAACUUUGUAGCCUCAAUGUUGCCUAUUCUCGCCUUAGGUCAUUGCCUAGACAGCUUCCAAAGUGUUCUUUCAGGGGUUGCUAGAGGAUGUGGAUGGCAGAAGAUAGGAGCUGUUGUGAAUCUUGGAUCAUAUUAUCUUGUCGGAGUUCCUUUCGGUUUGUUGCUUGGUUUUCACUUUCACUUGGGUGGUCGGGGUCUUUGGAUGGGAAUCAUAUGUGCACUCAUCGUUCAAGGUGUAUGUCUUUCCAUCAUCACCUUUCUUACAAAUUGGGAUGAAGAGGUCAAGAAAGCUACAAGCCGAGUUGAGUCUUCUUCUCGUGUGAAGGAUUUUACAGCCGAGAAUGGGUCAAUUCUUGUAUUCUGA